AUGGCUGCUACCUCAGCUUUGACGUCGCUCGAGGCCGAUGACAAGAUCACUGCCGCCCAUGGCAGACCGCCCUCGGUGGCUAGGACGUCGACCAACUCGGCCGAGCUCGACGAUGAUUAUGAUCUGUACAGGCGAAGCGACGAGCAGGAACUGGAUCCCGCCGACUCCAAGCGGGUGGUGCGCAAGCUCGACGUGCGCAUCGUUCCCAUCCUCUUCCUGAUCUACCUGCUGCAAUAUCUGGACAAGAAUGGCAUCAACUAUGCCAGUGUGUACGGGCUCCAGAAAGGCACUCACCUACACGGACAGAACUACUCAUGGCUCGGAUCGAUCUUCUAUUUUGGUUAUCUCUGGGCUCAAUAUCCGGCCGGGUAUUUGCUGCAGCGCCUGCGUAUUGGCAAGGUGAUCGGGGCCACCACAGUAUGUUGGGGCGUGAUCCUAAUCACCACCCCGGCGUGCAGUUCGUUCGCCGGAAUCGCCGUCAACCGUUUCCUGCUCGGUUCGUUUGAGGCGGUCGUCAACCCGGGCUUCAUCCUGAUCAUGUCGAUCUGGUACACGGCGGCGGAGCAGCCGCUGAGACUGGAAGCUUACUACUGCACCAAUGGCAUUGCAACUAUGUUUGGCGGCCUGAUCGGGUAUGCUGUCGGACACAUCAAGACAGGGCUGCCACGGUGGAUGUACGUGUUCCUGAUAUUCGGCAGCAUCAGUAUAGCGUUGGGGAUUGCGGCCAUGAUCAUGCUGCCGGACCUGCCGUCGACGGCCAAGUUUCUGACGGAUGGGGAGAAGCUGGUGGCGGCCAAGCGGGUGUCGGCGAACCGGCAGGGGAUCAAGAACCGGCACUUCAAGAAGUACCAGGUGUGGCAGACGAUGCGCGACCCGAAGACGUGGAUUCUGUUCGUCAUGGCCACGGGCGCCCAGGUGCCCAACUCGGCCAUCACGCAGUUCACCAGCUUGGUGAUCAAGUCGUUCAACGUCCACACGCUGGGCACCCAAUACCUGCAGAUCCCUGGCGGGGCGGUGCAGUUUGUGGCGCUGCUGGCGGGCGGCGUGGUGUGUUCGCGCUGGCCGAAUCUGCGCUGCAUCACCAUGAUCGUGGCCAACACCAUCUGCAUCGUCGGCUCUGCUCUGCUGGUCGGCCUGCCCACCAGCAACAAAUGGGGCCGGCUGGUCGGCCUGUGGCUGUGCUAUUUCCAGGGCCUGGGCUUCAGCAUGAGUCUGACCAUGGUCAGCUCCAACAUUGCCGGCUACACCAAGAAGCAGCUGACCGCUGCCAUCUUGUUCACCGGCUACUGCGUCGGCAACAUCAUCGGCCCGCAGACGUUCAAGGACAGCGAGGCUCCGCGUUACCACUCGGCCUACAUUGCCAUGUUGGUCGGUUACGUCGUCAAGUUGGUCGCCGUCGUCGUCCUCUACAUCUACAUGUUCCUGGAGAACAAGAGGCGGGACCGCGACGCCGCCGCCGUUGGCGUCCUGACCGCCCACGAGGAAAAGGAGGCCAUCGAGCACGGCAUGCAUGAUGUCACUGAACUAGAUAACAAGGGCUUCCGCUACACGCUGUGA